UGACCUCUGACACCAGCCAAAUUUGCAUCGGCAAAAUUCUGGAAUGUUGCUAGCCUUAUCAAAAUCGCCCUUAAUGUUUCAAAGCGAAUGAGUAAAUUGAAGUGAUUACGGGUGCAACGGAAUUUCAAAUCUUCAAUCUAGAUUUUGGACCGGUGUCGGUCGUCAGAGAGUAAAUGGACAUCCAACAGUCUUCGAAUAUUCCCACAGAAUCGGUUGACCCUGAUUCCACAGAAAUCAAGAUGGACGACCACACAGAAUUGUGCGUUGGUGAUUAUUACAAAGGAAGGAAAAUAUUUGUGACAGGAGCGUCAGGUUUUGUGGGAAAAGUGUUGAUCGAGAAACUUUUGAGGUCAUGUCCAGAAAUAGACAAAAUCUACAUUCUGAUGCGUCCGAAGAAGUCCCAAGACAUUCACCAAAGGACAGAGGACCUGAUCAAAUCUAAAUUGUUUGACAAGCUACGGAAAUUGUUGCCCCACUUCGACCAGAAGAUCCACCCCGUUCAGGGUGACAUAUCACUCCCCAAUGUGGGCCUCUCUCCUAGCGACACAGCUCUCCUUGUGGACGGCGUCGACAUCAUCUUCCACAGCGCAGCCACAGUCAGAUUCGAUGAACCUCUUAGGUUAUCCACAGAGAUGAACGUGGUUGGGGUGAGGAAGAUGAUUGAACUAGCCAAGAAACUGAAACAUCUUCAGGUGUUCGUCCAUGUGUCCACUGCCUACGCCAACUGUGAUCGACCCUACAUCGAGGAGACCGUCUACCCAACCCUCGUCCAGCCACAGAAACUUAUUGAUGCUCUAGAGUGGAUGGAUGACGAGAUGGUGGACAUAGUAACCCCCAAGUUGCUAGGCAACAAGCCGAACACGUACACCUACACGAAACAGCUGGGGGAGACGUUGCUGGUGACGGAGGGUGCCGGGCUGCCAAUAGCCAUCGUACGACCAUCAAUAGUUGGGGCAGCCUGGAAGGAGCCUCUGCCGGGUUGGAUUGACAACUACAACGGGCCAAGUGGUCUUUACAUUGCCGCGGGAAAAGGAAUCUUGCGAUCAAUGAAGGGCGAUCACAGCGCAGUUGCAGACAUCAUCCCCGUGGACAUCCCCGUCAACUUGAUGAUCACCUCCGCCUGGUACACCGCAGUGUACCAACCCAAGCAGACCAUGGUGUACCACUGUACCACCGGAUCAGUCAACCCCUUCACCUGGGGGGAGAUGGAGUCUGUUGUAAUAAACUUCUACAAGCGCACCCCACUAGACGACUGCUUCAGGCGGCCCAACGUAGCAUUAACAAAUAACAGCUUCCUCCAUGACUACUGGAUGUUCGUGAGUCACAUGGUACCAGCGUACAUGUACGACCUUGUCUUCAAACUGGUGGGCAAACAGCCAAGAAUGGUGAAGACGUACAACAAGCUGCACCGGUCGAUGGACAUCUUGACCUACUUCACCAGCAACUCGUGGGAGUGGACUUACACCAACCUGGACAUGCUGAAGAGUAAACUGACCGCACAGGACUUCAAGACAUUCUACUUCGACCCACGUCCCCUGCACUGGCCGACCUACAUAGAGAACUACUGUCUGGGGGCCAAGCAAUACCUCCUGAACGAAGACCUGGCAGGGCUGCCUGCUGCCCGGGCCCACCUUCGCAAAUUGAGGAACAUUCGCUACAUGUUCAACACAGUGACGGCAAUAGUCUUCUGGAGACUCCUGAUUGCGCGGUCCGACAUUGCCCGCAACGUGUGGUACCUCAUCGUUAGUCUUGUGUUCAAGUUUGUCCGAUUCUUCCGGAUCACGAGCACCAUGCAGAAGACAUGAGGGGCGGAAACAACGAGACUUUAUGUAUGCAAGACCAGCCCUCCCCCGACACGGACGGUCACGGAGAAAAUGAAAUCAUUUUAAUAUUAUUGACGUCAGUUAAACAUCAGCUCGUUAGACUCAGCAGGCCUGUCCAUGGACUGAAUAACUUAUAUGAUUUAAAUUUAAAGUAACAUGUUUGCUACAGUGAUGGGUAGCUGUUGAUUUGAUGUUUGCCACUGAUCUAUGUUUUACCUACAAUGGUGCAUGUGUUGUAGGUGUUGAUGAUGACCAAGAUCAAGGAUAAACAGUGAUGUCGUCUCAAUGAGGCUAGUUAUUUAAACCUGUCAGAUGGUUUAUCGUGUUAUAAAUGUAUGUUCCAUCUUGGCAGAAUGUUUUAACAACCUUGUUUUGGUCAACAUCCACAUGCUAGCUGCUGUUUCAGUUCCGAGAAGUGGCGAUGUUCUCCCUCCUUGAUCAUAAUCAGGAAUAUUGACACUUUUCUUUCAUAUUAUUUUAUUUCUGUAGGAUGAGCCACAAUCAUGGACCUUGACCUGGCAGACAUACAGUUUACUUUGACCACUCUACAUAUUUUCUUUCUGUUGGAUUAACAGAAGCCUGUUGUUGUUAACGACCAGUGCUGGAACAAGAGCACUCAUUGGUUACUGGCUGAUUUUGAGAUAACAUUUUGAAGACAUCUCCCACUUUGGCGAUCAUGAUGUGUAUGUGUUUGUGAAUCAAUUCAAUACCUGUACAUUGUCCGUAUUGUGAAUAUCACCUGUUGUUUGGAAAUCUUGUAAAAAUAAACUUUGUCAAUGUAGAUAUGUACAGAUUGUGAUGGAUCCCCGAUGUACAUCAGGUCUUUGAACAAAUGAGAUAUCUCGGACAUCUCCAAGUUUCAGAUGGCCGAGGAUAGUGACGACUGGAGUGGUCCAUGUGAUGGUAGUAAUGAUGGACUGCUAUCAGAAACACAGGGCCUGGAAAUGGACGUUCAUUUGUUGGUUGGGCUCAAUGACCCGGGCCGUCUGACAGAAACAGAGGGCCUUGUGGCCGUCCUGUACAGAAAUGGACGUUCAUUUGUUGGUUGGGCUCAAUGACCCAGGCCGUCUGA